GUUCGUUUUUCGGUGAUCUCGGACGAAUCGGUGAGGCAUAGAAAGCUUCGCUUUAAAAUUCUUACGCAUUUAAAAUGCAAUCACUCCAGCUCAAGGGUGCACGCCGAACUAGACGAUAUCCCAGUGCCCACGAAUUCGAUUUCGACAGGAACUACCUAAGCAGAAAACGCGGAUCGCAGAGACAUCUCAGCGCGAUGUCGUUACGCAAGCAAGCGCCGAGCUAUCGAAAGCGAGUCGCGUCGACGGUCUCGACGGCUUUCGUUCCGAGCGCUCGCGGCCCGCCCAGUUCGCUUGCGGGUUUCAUGGUUUCGAUAUUGGCAAGGACUGCGAAUUUCGACCCGAGCAAGCAGCGACAAUGCGAAAAGCUACGGUGCGAGAGGAGCCUUGAUAUUGCCGAUGAACGCGACCGAUGCGGCAACAAGUAGGUGCAUUGGCAAGACGCCACGUGGCCCGCCGCCAGCUUAUUUCUUUGCAUCACUUGGAAAUGCGUGACAGUUGACGUGUCACCCUAAUCCAGGAGGCAAUCCUUGAACCCCCAAAAUGGUAAGCUGCAGACAACGCUCUACAGCUGAGUUUGGUAGCCCUCGUGAUGAAGUACGGCUUCAUAACUGCCAGCUCGCUGUCGCUGAUUCUGGGGUUCACUCUCUUCUGGCUGAAAACAAGAAGAAAUGCCCGUUCAAAGGCCGUGCCGACUUCCUUGCUGACGUCGUCGCUCUCCGACGAGUUUCUCUCUUCGCGGGUCCCGAGCUGCAGUUCAUACGAGCUUCCUCCAGAAACCUCGUCGUCUGAGAGUGACUGCGACGUUAUUUGCGCUAGCGCUGGCGAAGCUCGCCGGCCGUCUCGCACGGUGACGACGAGGACGACGACAAAGAAGACUUCGUCUUCUUCGACCAGGACUGCGUGCGUGCGCGUCGGUGUAGACGAUUAUAGAGAAGGCGACGAGGACGAAAAAGGCGCUUCCAGCGACGACAGCGGCGUGGUGGGUGACGGCGCCGGCGGGGACGCCUCGCCCAACAAGCGCCUGCUGAUUUUGAAGCGCCUCAAGGAGCACGGAGCCGUGCUACCCGUAAAGGGCGUCGACAUAAAUGAGAUCUCAAAAAAGGCCAAACAAUUUCGCGCAAGACCAACGCUCAAGUGAUUCGUCUGUAUAAUUAAUGAAAACGAAUUAUACCACGUGCACGUCGUUUUGACGACUGCUGAGCUCUGAUGAUUGUUCCGCGACUUGUGACAGUGUCGUAACCAUCGGACUCCUCCGUGGAAAGCUCAUGGGUUUAUUUCACAUAACAAAAAACUGUCUCAAGUGUCUGGUCUUAUUACGCGCAUUCCACAGCAGCCGCGAAUCUUCAUUAGCAAAGUGAAAACUGUUUUUAAGAAGGUCGUUAGGAAGCGAGACGCAAUCUCUACACCACUGAAAUAAAGUGAAAAACGGGGCGUGUUGGUUGAUCUCCAUAGUAAAAGCAGCGCAAAAAGGAACGGAAACACAAGACCGAGAAUUACACAGGACAGGCGCUGGACUAACAACUGAUUGGUUCACUGUAGACAGGAAAUGGAUAAAUACAAACAAUCUGUCUGCGCGCGCUGUACAACACUGUUUGCAGCAUGCUUGUUAAUGGUAUUCGGAGUGCUAGAUUGGGAAGAGUUAAGUGAGGUGCUACCUUGCCUAGUCCGUGCUCCAUUUUUCGGGGAACAAUUUUUACAGCACGACGGCAGAGC